AUGUUUUUCACGAUCAUCUUGGGGUUGGUUACAUUUUUAUUUUUAUUACACUGCUCUAUUAAAUACCGAAGAAUAACAAAAAUCCUUGAAGCACUUCCGGGACCAAAAGCAUAUCCCAUAAUAGGAAAUUUGCUUCGUUAUCAAAUUAAAAAUGAUAAUCUUUUUGAAUUAAUUUGUAAUACGGACAAGGAACAUUAUCCAAUCUACAAAGUAUGGUUUUUAUUUAUCACAACGGUAGUUUUACUUCAUCCGGAAGAUAUUGAGGUACUUAUGAAGAGUUCCAAGCACAUAACAAAAGGUAUAUCUUACAAAUUCUUACAUCCAUGGCUAACGACCGGAUUAAUAACAAGUACAGGAGACAAAUGGCAACAUCGAAGAAAAAUUUUAACUCCCGCCUUUCAUUUUAAUAUCCUGAAACAUUUCGUAGUCACCUUAAAUGAAGAAGCACGGUAUAUUGUAUCAACACUUAAAGAACAAGGAAACGGGAAUCCAAUUAUUAAGAAUCUAGAGGAACUUAUAACCGAACACACGUUAAAUGCGAUAUGCGAAACGGCUAUGGGUACCCCGUUACAGGGGAAUGGCAAACUUGAGUUUGAAUACCGCAAAACCGUUCGUGAUAUGCUCGGUAUCGUUCCAUACAGAAGCGUGAGACCUUGGUAUUUUUUUGACACCAUAUUUGCAUUAUCAUCACAGGGACGAUUACAAGAGAAACUAUUAGAAACGUUGCACGGUUUUACGAAAAAAAUAAUUGCAGAGAGAAAACGUUUUCACGAAGAAACUAAUGGAAAAUAUUUAAAAAAUUUGGAAGAAAUGGACGAGAAUGACGGUUUUACCGAAAAACACGACGACAAUUACAAAAAUCCGGUAUAUAAGAAAAAACUGGCCAUGUUAGAUUUACUAAUAGCGGCUUCUUGGAAUGGAAACCAAAUCGAUGAUGAGGGAAUUAGAGAGGAAGUGGAUACUUUUAUGUUUGCAGGUCACGACACUACUGCAAUGGCAUUGGUCUUCCUUUUGAGUCUUAUAGCUAAACACAAAGACGUUCAAGAACGAAUAAGAGAGGAAGUGAAUAGUGUUAUGAACCAAGAAAAUUAUCAUAUGACGAUGCCGGUGCUUCAAGAAUUUUUAUAUUUAGAGAGAUGUAUAAAAGAAUCUCUUCGUUUAUAUCCAAGUGUCCAUUUUAUAUCUCGUUAUUUAACUGAAGAUUUGCAGUUAAAAAAAUAUUUAAUCCCAGCCGGUACGAACGUUCGAGUUAACAUCUUUUAUUUACACCGAAAUCCAGAAUUUUGGUCCAAUCCUGAUGUUUUCGAUCCCGAUAGAUUUUUACCAGAAAAUAUUAGCAAACGUAAUGCUUUCUGUUUUAUCCCAUUUAGUGCAGGAUUAAGAAACUGCAUUGGUCAAAAAUAUGCAAUGUUUGAAAUAAAAUUAAUGGUUGCCCACAUAUUACAUAACUUUUAUNGUUCCAUACAGGGACGAUUACAAGAGAAACUAUUAGAAACGUUGCACGGUUUUACGAAAAAAAUAAUUGCAGAGAGAAAACGUUUUCACGAAGAAACUAAUGGAAAAUAUUUAAAAAAUUUGGAAGAAAUAGACGAGAAUGACGGAUUUACCGAAAAAUACGACGACAAUUACAAAAAUCCGGUAUAUAAGAAAAGACUGGCCAUGUUAGAUUUACUGAUAGCAGCUUCUUGGAAUGGAAACCAAAUCGAUGAUGAGGGAAUUAGGGAGGAAGUGGAUACUUUUAUGUUCGCAGGUAACCACACAACUGCAAUGGCACUGGUUUUUCUUUUGAGUAUUAUUGCCAAACACAAAGAUGUUCAAGAACGAAUAAGAGAGGAAGUGAAUAGUGUUAUGAAUCAAGAAAAUUUUAAAAUGACGGUGUCGACGCUUGGAGAAUUUUCAUAUUUAGAGAGAUGUAUAAAAGAAUCUCUUCGUUUAUAUCCAAGUGUUCAUUUUGUAUUUCGUUAUUUAACUGAGGAUAUGCAACUAAAAAAAUAUUUAAUCCCAGCCGGUACGAACGUUCGAGUUAACAUCUUUUAUUUACACCGAAAUCCAGAAUUUUGGCCGAAUCCUGAUGUUUUCGAUCCCGAUAGAUUUUUACCAGAAAAUAUUAGCAAACGUAAUGCUUUCUGUUUUAUCCCAUUUAGUGCAGGAUUAAGAAACUGCAUUGGUCAAAAAUAUGCAAUGUUUGAAAUAAAAUUAAUGGUUGCCCACAUAUUACAUAACUUUUAUUUAGAACCAGUAGAGGAUUUGGAUAAAAUUAAAUUAAUAGGAAAUAUAAACUUACGACCGGAGGAACCACUUCAUGUCAAAUUUAUACCAAUAAAAUCAUAA